AUGGGUUCCGAAACCAAUAAUGCAUCGUCCCCAUCCAAACUACUCUUGAAUAUGUCAAAUCUUACCCCAGAUUGUGCGAUUGGGCCCCCUUCUCUGCAGCGUGGGCUCCCUGAAGGCUAUACAACACGUGUCUUUUCCUCAAUCAAACACCUCCAGCAUGAGGUAGCUGUGAUUUUGGAAAUGCUUCAACAGAACCCUAAUGGAAACCAGUGGCUCCUGGUCCUAGGCCUGUCUUCAGAGAAGUUGAAAUGCUUGUGUGAAGAUCACAACAUUCUUGGCGCGAAUUACCGUAUUAUGUGGGAACAGUCGAAUGCCCUGAUCAAAGUCAUCCCAUCAGCCUCUCAUGAACAAAUCACCACGCGGGUAUCAAAACACAUGGAGGGGCAGAUGCGUGCGAUGGGGAUAUCGGAAGACGAUUGGGAUUGGGCUGCGGCUUCAAAAUACCCACCCUGUCCUCCAAACUCGACAAGGACUUCUAUCAGAGGAAAAGAAGGAGACCAAGGAUUGAUCCCACAAAGCAGAAUGUUCAAUCAAGAAGAAAAUUAUGGCUGGCCGACUCUGGUAUUUGAGACAGGGGUUUCGCAAUCGUUAGGGCGCCUACGAGAAGACGCUGAGUGGUGGUUCGCACACUCCGAAGGCGACGUACGAUUUGUGCUUAUCAUUGCUAGGAAACCGACUGUGAUACAUUUCGAGUUAUGGCAACUCGCACCAACUAAUUCUCCUCGCCCACUUUCUCGACACUGCAUUCGAACACUCCGCAGUCAGACCCCCAGCAUGCCUCCUCUAACUCGCCAACCAGCACAGACCCAACAAUCUUACUGCUCUCAGGAAGUCACUGUGACUCCUCAUAGCGUGGUAGGUGCGCCACUUGUUCUGCCAUUCGAGGCUUUAUUCUGUCGAGCCCCUGUGUUCCCCGAGACGGAUAUAUCGAUUCCUGCUUCACGCUUUGAGAUGUUCGCUACCAAUAUAUUUCACUAA